GCUAAUAGGCAAGUUCGACGCAACUCGCACUGAGAGGUGUGAGGGCAUGAAGCUAACGCACGAGGAUAAAAGCCAGAGGCUGAGAAGGGCCCUUCAGAUAGGAGAGCUGUACUCAAACCUGUACUCUGAGAGGAGCAGGUGGACACUGGUGGGCAACAUAUGGCGGCGCCUGCAGAGCAAACACACUGGAAAACUCCUAGCAGCCCUGGCUGGGGUCUUCAUGUGGGAAGACGAGAAGAUUGGAGAUGAUGAGCUGAGAAGGUGUGCGUGGGAGCUGCAGGCACUGGAGUCGGUGAGAAGCCAGAAUGUGAACCCAAAGACAGCCGUGUAUGCGGAUCCAGGCUGGGAGCUGGUCAUGGAGAAGAAGAACUUCAGGGUUUGGAGGAGACCUAUCCAGGGAAGCCAUCUUUUUGAAUACAGAGUGUUUUGUUCAUAUAUUUUCUUAUGA